AUGACUCCGCAGACGUCAGAAGAAGCUAAAAAAAUGAAACGAGUUCCAUACCAGGAGGCUGUUGGAAGUUUGUUGUAUCUAGCUCAUUGUACCAGACCAGAUAUUAUGUAUGCAGUCAACCAAUUAGGCCGUUACAACUCGAACGCUGGAACCAAGCACUGGGAUGCAGUCAAACAUUUGUUUCGAUACCUACGAGGAACGUCUACAAUGAAGUUGCAAUAUAAGAAACAAGGAAAUAUCGAGCUUGUAGGAUACACCGAUGCCAGCUGGGCUUCUGAUUUGAACGAUCGUAAGUCAACGAGCGGCUACAUCUUCAUGCUACAAGGAGGUGCGGUUGCUUGGUGCUGUAAACGACAACCAACUGUAGCGCUGUCAUCAUGCGAAGCCGAGUAUAUGGCGCUGGCGGCCACUGUUCAGGAAGCUUCGUGGUGGCGCGGAUUGUUAGCACAAUUUGGACAAGAGAAACCGAUCGAAAUACGCUGCGAUAACCAAAGUGCUAUUAGUAUCGCCAAGAAUGGCGGUUACACACCACGUAUGAAGCAUAUUGAUAUACGCCAUCAUUACAUCCGGGACGCUCUCGAACAGAACAUCAUCAAGUUGAUUUAUGUUAGCACCGAUGAACAAACAGCGGACGGAUUGACCAAAUCUCUUGAACGCAUUAAGCUGGAGCGAAAUCGAACAGCGAUGGGGAUUAGCACGUCAGCUUAA